GCGCGGCGAGCGAAGGGUUACAGGCCCCGCAUGCGCCGGGCGGGAGCGGGGCCGGCCCGGGGUCGGCGGCGCUGGAUGGGCGUCACUGCUGCCCGCCGCGCUCACUGGCUGCGGGCGGCGCGGGGAUGCCGGGCCGGGACGCUGAGAUGCAUCCAGUCCUAAAGGCCUUUGUGUGUGGCUCCAUCAGUGGCACUUGUUCUACGCUCCUCUUCCAACCCCUUGACCUGCUGAAAACCCGCCUGCAAACUCUGCAGCCUGCCGUGAAUGGGUCUGGUCGUGCUGGGAUGGUAAGGCUGCUCUUUAGGGUUGUUCGUACUGAGAGUAUUCUGGGGCUCUGGAAAGGUGUCUCUCCAUCCUUUGCAAGAUGUAUUCCUGGGGUUGGGAUUUACUUCAGCACUUUGUACAUGAUGAAGCAGAAGUUCUUAGUGGACCGUUCACCCACAGCCCUGGAGUCUGUCUUCCUGGGUGCCACUUCACGUGCAGUUUCUGGGAUUUGCAUGUUGCCAGUGACUGUAGUGAAGACCCGAUAUGAGAGUGGAAGAUUUGGCUAUGGGAGCGUAUAUGGUGCUCUGAAGAAUAUCUAUCAGACGGAAGGGGCUCGUGGCAUGUUCAGCGGGCUCACGGCGACACUGCUGCGGGAUGCCCCCUUCUCUGGCAUAUACCUGAUGUUCUACACGCAGACCAAAAAACUCACACUGCAGGACCAGCUGGAUCCAGUGCUCAUGCCCUUGCUGAAUUUUGGCUGUGGGAUCUUUGCGGGAAUCUUGGCCUCGCUGGCAACGCAGCCUGCUGAUGUCAUCAAAACACACAUGCAGCUGACCCCCCAAAAGUACCACAGGACAAGCCAGGCCAUUGCCUUCAUUUACAAGGACUUUGGGUUGGUUGGCUUUUUCCGAGGUGGUGUGCCCCGUGCCCUCAGGCGCACUCUGAUGGCAGCAAUGGCAUGGACGGUGUAUGAACAGAUGAUGGAAAAAAUGGGCUUGAAGUCUUGACCGAGUUGCAUGAGAAAUGACCAGCUUCACUCCUUCUCCUGCUUGCUGUGAUCAACUGGCACUAGGAAGUUCCCUGUUCCACAGAGGAAUAAGCCUUGCUCAGCCAGGAGGAAGAAAGCCCUUCUGAGACAGGGGAGUAGGCCUUUUGGCAAGUAGAGGAACGGAAAGACUGGACCUUUGCAUUGUUUGAUCAAUGUAUUCCAGAAGGACUGCACUUGCAGACUGCCAUGGGAAAUGGCAGGGUUUCAGCUAUUUUUAAAAAUAGCUCUGUGCUCACCACCUUUACACAGUGAGACAUUCCUAGAACAAAAGUGUUUGAGGAGAAAACCUGCCAGCCUGUUCCUUGCUAGUGUGGCCAGUAAGGCCACAGUGAGCCACCGUCUGAUAUAGAACCUCCUUCCUCAUAUGCUUUGUACUCAGAGAGGAACAUUGCAGGCCCCAGUGGGGGACUGGAUGUGUCUCUUAAUGCUUAUAUUGCAGGAGUGGCUGGAAGAGAAAUGAAGUGCUGAAGGAAAGCUAGAAACAUGGUCUCUGACAUCACUUUCGUACUGUGUGUGAUAGCAGAGAGAGUAACUGGAACCUCCUUGCUGCGUUUUGUGUUAUUAUGUGAUUGAGCAUCUUCACACCGUUGAAGUGUGCUUCUGCCUCUACAGCAGUGUUUGCACUGGAAUUAAGAAGCAUAAGGCACUUUAGAAUUGAUUGCUACCAAAGUGCUACUUGUUCUCUGAAAAAAAAUUCCUGCUGGUUUUAACAUUAGCAGAAACGCUCAAGUGGGUUUUAUUGUGCGUUUCUUUUUUUAUCACAGAGAUUUACUUGCUUCCCACUACUCGUUUGUUAAUCCCCGAUCAACACCCUCAGUGUGAACUGGUCCUUCGAUGUAGCUUUGAGGGUUAUGGCUCAUAAUGCAUAAAGGUAUGAUGGAAGCAGAUAGAGAUACUGGCACUUCAGGUUUCCCUUAAAAGCAGCUGCUGAUUGCGUGUGGAGUGUGUUUGGGGUUUGGAAAGAAAAGGCUGCUCUUUCUGUAAGAUUUCUCCAAAGUUUGAGCCC